AUGAACAUUAUGAAGUGCAUCAACUGCGGAGUAGCCAUGCAAAGGUUGCAAAGGCAUCUCAUAUCCUCGCUUUCUGCACACGAUCAAAUAAGACUUUCGCGUUGGAUAAACAUGGAUCAAACACAGUUACCUCUGGAUACAUUUAUUUGUCAUCCAUGUUUCUUAUUAUUAAAUACCGAAACUGGUGAACAUGAGAGACUACUGGGGCAUAACAAGGUUUGCCUUGGUUGUGGCAAAUCUGUGAGCAAAAUAAGACACCAUAAUCUUAGCAUGGAGAGUCCAUUGCUGGCAGUCCUAUUAUCACAAAAUACUAAUUAUGUGCUCUCAAGAAACAACUAUGUUUGUCAUGUGUGUUGGAUGCGAGCAAAUAGACAGGCAGUGCAUGACUCAUCACGAGACAUUCAGGAAUUGGCUUCGAACAACAAUGCAGCAGCCCAUAUUGUUCAAGUGGUUAGACCUCCAGAACCACCACCAAUACCUCCUGUUCAAAAUAGGCCAAUUCAAAGAGAAAAUACUACCAUAUCAUUACCUAAUUAUAAGCGACCGUCAAUCACAUCUGUUUGCUGUAUAUUUCAGCAAUGCCGAAACAGAUCUUUACAUUUGGUCCCACGAUUCCUUAAAAGAAUUCUAUUGCAAGAACAUAGUUUCUAUAUUCCCCGCAGCUGUAGAGUGUGUGAAACACAUUUGUACAAUAAUUUGUGGCAUUUACUGCCUCAAAUGAAUGUGACACAUUCUACAUUUAGUGCCAUACAUAUAGAAGACAUAAUAAAUAUUUUGAAAUCAAAAAUGAAUAUCCUGGACUUUGAAAAUAUCUCAGAAAUGCCAAACCAUUAUUGUCAUUAUUGGACGGGUCUUACAGUACCUCAGUUUUUAAUUCUGUAUAAUCUUUUACCUCUCAAUAUUAAGAAAUCGAAACGCUCUUUAGCUAUUUAUUUAAUUAAGCUAAGAACAGGUGAGAGUAAUAGACGAUUGGCAACUCUUUUUGAUAUACCUAGGUCUACAUUAGAACUAAUAAUGAAAAAAGUUAGGUUGUGUCUCAAUGAGCAUUUUGUUCCCAAUAAUAUUGGUGUGAACCAUAUCACUCAUAGGGAAAUAUCAGAGAGAAACUUGAGAGUUCCUGAAGCGUUAUUAAGUGUUCCUGGUGAGUCUAUAGCUGAACAUAGGCCUGCAAUCGCAAUAUUUGAUGGGACUUACAUUUACUUGCAGAAAAGUGCAAACUAUAUGUUUCAAAAAAAGACAUAUAGUUUGCACAAAUAUGACAAUUUGGUUAAACCAUUUUUGAUUGUCUCUUGCGAUGGUCACAUAAUCGAUGCUGUGGGACCCUAUGCUGCCACCCAAACUGAUGCCGAAAUUAUGAUACACUUAUUUGAAAAUGAAAAUGGGCCAUUCCGAAGACUUUUUAGACAAAAUGAUGUAAUUGUUUUAGAUAAGGGCUUUAGGGAUGCCAUCCCUUUGCUUGAAAAUUGUGAUUAUCGUGUGUAUAAACCUGAAUCAUUAGAUGAAGGAGCAAGCCAACUUACAUUUUCACAAGCUAAUAAAAGCCGUAAAGUAACACUGUGUAGAUGGGUUGUGGAAAUUGUGAAUGGGAGGUUUAAGAGGGAUUUUAAACUAUUUAGGCAUAGAUAUUUAAAUAAAGCAUCAACACAUUUAAUGGUUGAUUUCAGAAUUGCCGGAGCUUUAUUAAAUAAAUUCCAUCCUGUGUUAGUAGAUAGCCCUAAUGCUGACAAUAUAAUCCAGAGAGCAUUGCGGUAUAUGGAUGAACCUAAUCAUCUUGGCCAAUUUAUUAUUGAUUAUAAUAUAAACAGAAGACGAGCUAUGUUUACCCGUAUCGAUAGUAACUUACCUCAGCUGAAUAAUUUCCCGCUUUUCACAUACAAUGAUUUAAUAUUGUUUGCAUUAGGCCCAUAUCAGGUGAAACAAGCACGUUCGUACUUUGGUGAGCAUGUAAGGGAUAAUGGUAUGUAUGUGGUUGAAGUGAGUCCGGAACUGGAUCAUUCCCAAGAAAUGAUAAUACGGAUGCGAGAAUCCAAUAAUAGUAGGGGAACGGGAGAGAGUCCUGAAGGGGACAAAUUUCCCUAA